GCUUAAUGCCUGCCUAUACAAGGCUCAGGCUUGAUUUGAGGCUAUCGAAGUCAAGCUCAAACAGCCCUGCUGUCAGUUCUCGGCUCUGCUAACAUGCUCUAAGCCUCUAACUGUACUGCUGUGAGCCCCAUGAUAUGGCACCAUCAACUUCCCUUUCACCUUUGCCUUCAAUGGAUGGAUUGUCCCACUCCUCACAAGCAGUCAAAGAGUCCGAACAUCCGCUUAUAGUGCACUCGCACAGAUAAACUUAAAUGCACUAUUAAACACAAAUAAUUUCCCUGUAAUCCUUACUUUCGGAGCUCUUUACUCUGCUGUCAACAUGGCCAGCGCUUCAGUUAUCCCAGCUGAUGUUCUGCUGUCAAGGCGUGUCCAAGAAAUGGUCAUCAACGGUCAAGAACCCGAAUCACUGUACAUUUGUAGAGAUGAAGAGGAAGCUAAAAAUGUUCCAUCCCCAUUAGCUCCAAUUCCCAUUAUCGACCUGAGUUUGUUCUCAUCAUCAACCUUAAGCGCCACAAGAGAAGAAGAAUUGCAGAAGCUAAAAUCGGCACUCUGUUGUUGGGGGUGCUUUCAGGCAAUACGUCAUGAGAUACCAAGUUCAUUCCUGAACAAAAUUCGCCAAGUCACUAGGGAAUUUUUCGAACAGCCAAUGGAAGAGAAGAAGAAGUACAGCAAAGGAGUUAGAGAGGUGGAAGGAUAUGGAGGUGACCCUACUCCUGAAGAAGGUCAGUUCCUUGACUGGCAAGAUCGCUUGUUUCUUACCGUAUACCCGGAAGAUUUAAGUGACACCAAAUUUUGGCCGGAAAGCCCCAAAUCAUUCAGGUUAGUUUUAGAAAAUUUCACUUCUAUGAUGAGAACGGUGACAGAGGUUGUUUCCAAAUCCAUGGCUAAGUCAUUGAAAUUGGAGGAAAAUUGUUUCCUGAAUCAAUUUGGUGAACGAGCAGCACUGCAGGCGAGGUUCAACUACUACCCGUGUUGUGAAAGGCCUGAAAUCGUUCUUGGAUUAAAACCCCACGCGGAUGGCACAGGAUACACCCUCAUCUUGCAAGAUGAUGUUGAAGGCCUUCAAGUCCUCCAAGGAGAGCAAUGGUUUACAGUCCCCACAAUACCUGAUGCACUACUAAUCCUCAUGGGUGAUCAAAUGGAGAUAAUGACAAAUGGGGUGUUUAAGAGUCCAGUGCAUAGGGUAGUAAGCAAUAGGGAGAAGGAGAGAACGUCUGUUGCAGUUUUCUACACACCAGAAAAACACAAAGAGAUAGGACCAGAAGAUGGUUUGGUGAAUGAGGAAAGACCAAGGCUAUUCAAGAAGAUAAAAGAUUAUGACAUCACACAUUGGGAGUACUACCAAAGAGGAAUGAGAGCUCUUCAUAUAGCAGAAAUUUAAAUGUGUGCUCGGGUGUCUCAUGCUGCUUAGUUUGCUUUACUAAGUGCACUUGAUGCUUAUUAUUGGUUUGUAUAAAGUGCUUAAAUAUUUCGUAAUGUAUAAAAAUAAAGCACUUGCAAUUUAUUCCAUUUAGCACUGUUGUUACUCAAAUUGGUGUCAAUAUCAGUGUUUGCAUCUUCUUUCUUUCUGAUAUUUUUCUCUGGAAUAAGAAUUUAUUGGCAUUAGCAUUUUUGGGUAUUGGCUUCUAGCAUACUAGCUCAAGAAAAUACCAUAUCUAAGCUUCUUUUCCUCAGAAGAAUAAACAUUAGUAGUGGUUAUCCAACUCCAACAAUUCUAGACUUACACUUUUGAAGUCAAUUCCCUACAACUACCCUUGAAAGUAAUGGUUCCACAACUUAAAUCAUAAAACUCAGUGCAGGGAACACAUAGGAGGAAAUACCCUCUCUCUUGUUUUGGGAACAGAACCAAGUAAAAUUGAUAUGCUUAUAAGGCCCCUGCCAAACGGUGC